GUCACUAACGAUGAUAUCUCAAAGUCCUCGGAGACGACGAGAAAGAUGCAGACCAAAAAGUUCCCGUGCAAAGAAAAGUUCCAUCCCGAUUUUUGAGUGAAAAUAAGUUUGGAACAAGUGGGUGGGUUUGAUCCUGGGAAGCCCAGAAGUAUCAAUGUCAAACAGGACAGUGUUCCAACUCAUGAUGGAUGAGAGUAACCUUGUGCAUACUUGAAGCACGGAGACCUUGUCCAAGUGAAAGUUUCGGAUUGACCCAUUGUCUUUCACUCUGAGAAGAAUAACGAGAAGGAAAAGUGCUGUACCCUUAGUUUGGCACGUGGAAUUUGGAGGGCACAAAGUUGCUGGAGGCUCGUCAUUGCUCGGUGGAACCGCCAAAUUUUAGCUCUUUCAACGUACUGGAUUGUUUUCGUGCAUUCUUCAGGAAAAUGGCCGACAAGCCUCGGACGAACAACCAACCUUCAGGACCUCGAUCAAAUAUCAACCCCAGGCCAAAACCUGGCUCCUUCAGCAACAAGCCCACUACUCUGAAAGGACCGAGGGAACCCCCGGGGUUCAGACAACCAUGCGGACCCUCAGGAUCUCCUCAGUUAAACCAAUCUCAAUCCAAGCCGGCUCAACAACAACAACAACAGCAACAACAAUCGGGAGCACAUACUCAACAACAGGGGAAACAAGGCAGGAAGACUCCCUCACAGAACAAUUCUCAAUACGAUCCGAGGUCGAGCCACCCGAGUCAAAAGCCAGGGAACAAGGAAAACUCAUCCGAAGAUCCCAUUAAUCUGCCCUUUGGAUUCAAGGCUGAUUUUGAAGAGUCAAGGGACGGAUCAGCCAAUAGCGGCAUGUUGUCAUCGCAAGAUUGGCAAUCUCGCCAUGAGUAUGCCCGUGAUUCAAAUGCAUCCGGACCCUUAAACCCGUCAUGCGGCAACACCCGUAGGAGUCAAUCAUUCGAGGAACUAACCGAACUUGUGAAACAAGAACUUCGCGUUGCCCACAAACUAGAUGAGAAGCUUCUACAAACCCAUAUGCCUGACAAUGGGCAGCAUCGCAGCCGAGAAGUAUCCAGUGGUCUGGGUGGUGAAAGCGUCAGUGAUACCGACAUGGAUAUGGACAACCUGUGCCGCAAUAUCGUGGCCAAGGUCAUGCAACGAACCUCCCAACCUAAAGCGGUCGGAAUGGACCAAUGCACACGAGAUGCCGAGAUCGAACAGAUCCGCUUCGAUUUACGAUCCGAAAGGACCAAAGUGCACGAAAUGCAAAACUCCAUCAAACUUGAGCGCAUGAAGUCUUUGGAAUGGAUGGAGAAGCACAACCAUGAGCGGGACUCGAGGCAACUGCUUCAAGCCGAAAUGGCCGAGCUCAAGCAAGAAAUGCAGGCCUUGGAAACGAUCGUGGAGCGCGAGAAGGAAGAGCGAAUCCAGCUCAAAUCUCUCUAUGAAGCCGAGCGAUCUCAAUCCGACGUUCUCGAGGAUGCCUUGCAAAUGGAGCGAGAUCAUUUCCGCAAGCUGAAACAAACGCUCGAGUUGGAGCGAAGCCGAGCCAAAGCGGCCAGUGAUCGCGAUGCUGAGACCAUCAUUGACCUUCGAACUAGUUUGGAAGUGGAACGGGAACGGUCCUCGAUCCACUCCAAUGCGGCGGCCAUCCCACCCAAUUGCAGUCCGUUCAUGUCCAGACAUCACAAUAAAGCCCCCAUGGCAGCCUUGGAAGAGUCUCAUGCCAUGCAAAACCUGAUCCUGAAGUUUCAACACGAGAUCAAAGAAGAACGCGACAGGGUGGAUGCCUUGAAAUGCUGUUUGGAACAAGAGCGAGAACGGUCCGAAAUGCUCAUGAUGGCGGCUAAUGGCCAAAAUCACAGCAACAGUAGCAACAAUCAUGGGCCCUUGGGUGGGGCCAAACGAGGAUCGAUUUUGGGCAAAGAAGGCAGCUUCGAUCAGGAUUGGGUCAUGUUCCAUCAGAGGAGGAUCGACGAGGCUGAGAUGGAGAAGGCCGAGGUGUUCCGGGAACUUCAAAAGCAGCAGCAAAUCAAUAUGAGGAUGCACGAGGAGCUCGUCCAACUCCGGCAACAAGUGGGAUCAAUGGCAGGACAACCCGCCAAGGAUCAUCAGAAGGCAUACGUUCGUGAUUUGGAGGCCAAGAUGGACAUGUAUCGGCACAGAGAAGCAGGACUCAUUGAGGAAAUGGGACGCGUUCGAUCGUUGAUCCACGGACUCCAGAACGAAAAUGCCAUUCUCCACGAAAAGGAGAAGCAAUUCUGGAUAGAAGGUAAAAACAGAGAGGAGCAACAUGAAGCACGAGACGACGAGGAACAACAACAACAACAACAACAGCAACAAGAAAACAGUGAGUCGAAUGCAAUGCUGCAGCAAAAGAUGGAACGCAUAAUGGGAGAAAACGAGGCCUUGCAGAAUAGCGUCACUUUACUGGAGAACAGGAUUGGUCGGCUCAAAGAUGAAUUGGACCUACAAGACAUUCCACCCCAAUCAAGCCAAGGGUCAUCUGCCUAUCCACACGCCGUUAUCAUGGAACUGGAACUUCAUCUGGAUCGGGUGGAGGAGUUCCGUCAAUCCCUCGUUUGGCAAAAGAACUUCCUCCUUCUACUUCUGGUGGCUCAAACCCAAGAGCAAGAACCAACGACUGGAAAAAAUAAACCCAAGAAGAUCGCCACCCGGAGGCUGGCCGGAUAUUUUGCUAAUUUCCCACGGUUAACGCGCAAAACACCCAAGAUUAGAUUCAGAAUUGUCGGUAGAGCGAUCCAGGCUCAGAUUCGACUCCAAUUGUUGGUACGGCAAAGAAAGGAGAAGACAUCGGGACCCAUGGAAGACUUCGAAUUCAGGGAGUCUCCCAAGCCAAAUGUAAAGCCAUUACUUACCACUGAUAUGUGAUGUAAGCCAUGCCAUGCCAUUAGAAGCGUUUCCCUAUAAACCAAUUUAAAAGCGGA